UACGCAGACAUGAGACAUCACAGAAAAGUAGAAAACAGACCGAUGUGAGCAGUGAAAUGAUGAUUUCAAUCGAAGGCAUACGAUAGAAUGUUUUAUUGUUUUUAAAACUAUGGAAGCUUCUUGUACUAGUGCUUCUCUGUUUGCUGGGGCUGAUGUCGAAACUGAUUGUUUGACGUUUGUUGAGGAAAUUCCGCGAAAGGAAGUGCAGCAAAUUGAGGUUAGAACAUAUUAAAAUUUAAUAUAUAUAAAACUACUUUAUACAGUAAUACUAUAUAAAAUAAACAUUGAGCUUGUAUGUAAUGUUUAAAUACAGUAUUACGUUUACUCCUUAAUCAUAUUCCCUCCAAACGUCAUUUUUGUGCAGUACAACUCACAACUGCACAAGAGAUUUUUUAUUAAACCAUUAUAUAUCACCCUCUCCCCCAUUUUGAUGUGGUAAAAUUGUUGUAAAAUUAUUAAUACUACUGUCCUAUAAGUUAUUCAUAUUAAAUAGUUAUGUCUCAAUCAAUUCCAUGCAUGCCCGGCCUCUUUCUGCAGGUCCUCCCUGAGGUGGGGAAUUUGUUUGAGGCUAAAAGCUGAAUGUUUGUCGCUUGCUUCAGAAGCCAUUUAACCGUAUUUUGGUACAUGGCAAUGGUGUUACAAUGAAAGUAAUUUGAGCAUUUUCAUGUGAAUGGUUAGCGAUCUAUUGUUGCAAUUAUGCCUAAAAUAAAAAUAAGUUAUCAUGGCGCUAAAAACCCCCAUAAAUGUGUCAUUGACAAAAAAAUUCAGUGGUGGAUCCAGCAAGGUUUUUUUAGGGGAGUGCUGGGCGGGCAGCCAAGCACACCGAACACAGCACUGGCCAGCAGCAUAUUGUCAUGAAAGUGCAUUUAGUAGUUUCUUGUUUACAAUUUACAGAUAUGUUGAAUAAAUAUAAUGAAUUAAUUAUGUAAAAUAUAAAUCCCCGAUUCUCUUGAUAUAUGCUGUGAUUGUGUGAAAGACAAAAUGGAAAUUUUUCACAUUUGAAUAUUUGAUUGCUUUUGUAAUUUUUAUUUCAUAUCAAAUACUUAAUCAAAGUAUCAAACUAAAAAUUACUAAAUUUUAAACCUAAUAUUUUGAACUAGUGAUGUGGUACUGCCUUGAAUUCCAAAACUUAAGUUAGUCUAAGACUGAUAACAAACUUUGAAUACCUCAAACAUUUACCCUCUCUGCACUCCCCUGUUGACCAUACAACAGGUGGUCACUUCCAUAAAUCCACCACUGGACAUAUUUGUUGUUUGUACACACAUGCAAUUAGCAAAUAAAACCUGCUCGUCUAUCAUUUUAAUCGGCUUAAUUAAACACCCUUCCAGAUGUUAAUCAUCUUGGUUAUAGACUUCUUUCUUGUUGACAUAUAUGUUGCUUUAUUUCACCACCCGUUUAAUAUUGUUAUAUUAAGUUUUUGAAACUUCACUUUUUCUUAUAUAUUAAGGACGAAGUAUUUGAAUGAAAGGAAAUGUUAAAUAAUAGAUGUACAGUUGUAUUGUGAUAAUUAAAUACAGUGAAGUUGAGUUUGAGAUUGGGUUGACCCGCUGGGCCUGCAUUCAAUCUUCUGGUUCAGAAAUGUUACAUAUUAUAAUUGUUUGCUAAAAAACUGUUAUUUUGUCUCAAGGGUGGGGCAUUUGCAUCAAUUUUAAGUCUCUUCAGUGGGGAUUUUGUAUCAAUAUUUUUACCCCACGGCCACAGUGGGGCAUUUGCAACGUUUUUCUUCUAAAUGUCAAAUGCCCGGGGGGUUGGGGGGGGGGGGGAUGGGCAGGCCAGUGACCUCCAUGUCUUUUAUUUGGAACGAUAACAUGUGGGAGAAACGUGAUGCCAAAUCCACUUCACGCUAACGCCAGUGUGUUGACACGUGCUGAUUCGUGAUAGACCACACGGUGAUAGCGUAUAAGGGGACUGAAACUGACAUACUAUAUAUGGCAUGCAUGCAAUGGACCGCGCGGUGAUGGCAUAUAUAAAAGGGACUGAAACUGACAUACUAUAUGGCGUGGAGGGCUGACGUAUGCCACUGCUCAUGCGAGGCUUCACUUUUUAACUGACAAAUGACUUCAGGAGUGUUAUAUUAAUAUUGUUCCAGGUAAAGAAAAUAAAUUGAGUUCACUGGCCCAGGCUUGGAAUUGAUUGAGAUAUUAUCAUAGACAAAAAAUUGCCGUUGAUAUUUUACGAUUGACAUGUUUUCUAAUUUUACGAUCGAUUGACAUGUUUUCUAAAAUGGCAAUUUGAAGAUGGCUGUUAUUGCUAGUGGAUUAUUUGUACAGAACAUUUGCAAAAUGAUGCACUUAUCAAUUCUUUCCCCAACAGGGGGAGUACAUGCAGGCAUACCCUGGGGCAAUUACUGUAAAAUUUUGGAAAAUGUUACUAGUCAAUAAUCCCCACUCAAGAGUUAUAUGGAACUGUCAAUUCAUGUUGAAUGCCCCUGCAUGGAUCAGAAUUACAGCAUUUUUGGUUUUUUUAAACAUUUUUGGAAUACCAAUUUUGACCAUGUGCAGCAGAUUGGUCAAUGAAAAACCUUGUUACUUCAACUAACUCAGUGAUUUAUCAGUGGGUGAAAAACAUUAAAAUUCUUCACCCUUGGGAUAGAAAAAAAUUAUACAAAAAUCCCCUACAAUUGCCCCCCCCCCCCCACCACCAAAAAAAUAAAUUAGAAGACCAUGAAAAUUUGGGCAAAUAUCAGGAAAAAUGUAGACAAUUCGGGCAAUUGUACCACAAAAUAUGUUAAAUUCAGAUAAUUUCAUUGGGACUGCUUGUUAACAGUAAUGCAGUGGUUAAUGAUUUAGCACUUGCUGUCAGUGUUUGAACAAUUGACUUAAUACUUAAUAUUUGCUUGGGGUUGUAAAGUAUAUGCAUCUCUCUUUACUGUUGCUUGGCACAUCUACAGUACUUCAUCUUGGCCAUUAAGAGCCUUGUUUUUUCAUGAUUGACACAUUAUGCUUUAACUGCUGUUGCGUACAUGAAAAUGAGGCUCUGUAUAUAGCCAAAUUAAGUGAUGUACCUUUCGGAAGGGUGUAUAUUCCAAUUGGAAUUCCAAGUAGAGUUCUUCAUAUGGGAUGUGCAAUUUGUUGUUUCCACUAAAGCUUUAUUUUUACAUUCUACAUGCUGUCUUAAAAGAAGUUUGACUUGGCUAAGUGGUUGUCAUAUAUGACAAAAGCAAACUAUAUUGUCAAGUAUUAACCCUGUUAAAGUCAUCACACAUUUAAAAAAUGUUUUUUAACCAAUACGUACAUCCUGAAUACGUAAGUCACACAGUAUACUUCUGUAUUUGCAAAAUGCAGAUAUAAUGCCACUGUGCACUUACAUUAUUUUAUGUGUUAGCUUGGAGCCAAUCAGCAUCAACCUUACAAUAGCCAAUCAGCAAUUAGCUUACAAUGUCAUAAUUAAUGUUACUAAAUACAAUGAUGUAAAUUAUGGAACAAGGAAAACCUAUGAAAGAGUUGACAGUGUUAUUUGUGGGUUAACCAGGGAAUGUUAACCAGUCUGAGAGUGUUUUUAAUGUAUAGAAAAUCAGUGUGCACAGAGUCAUAACAUGACUAAUAUACUUUUAGGGGUUGUUCUGCCCUUUGCGUUUGAUUACAGACACAUUUUAAAGACCACUUUUCUAAUCAAUCAUACAGACAAAAUUUGCGAACAACGUAAACAAUGUUGUUGUAAUUGUUGAUGGCAGUUUUUGUGGUGUUUUAUACUGCAUGAUCGACAUGUGCAAAGCGCUUUGAUCGUGUUUGUUCAGGAAACCACGAUUAAAAUGUUUCAUUGAAAGACCGACGAACUGACAGACUACAACAAGUGUACCAAUGGUGGCCAUGGUAAUUAAAACAAACAGGAUUUUGGUGAUUUGCCCAACAUCCUGAUACUUGCCCGCACACCUUACAUUGGCAUCACCUUUUAGUAUAUAUACAUGAACUCGUGGUUAGAGUUUGACAACUGGCCUCUGUAGCUCAGUUAGUUAAAGCGCAGCACUGGAAUCACAGGACCGCAGGUUUGAUUCCUGCCAGCGGGCCUAUAUUGUUGUUUUUUUGCAACUGCAACUGGUUAGGUCUAAUAAAUGUAGAAAGCUAAGUUUACACUCAAAAUUUCCAUGUACAAAACCCUAAAAAAAACCCCCCUACUAUCAAUAUUAAUAAUAUACAUGAAAAUAUUUCUCAAUUCUGAUUGGCUAAGAGCAGUGCAAUUUUUUCGAAAUAUAGUGCCGAAAAAUGAAAUACAGUGCAAAAAAAGAAACACAGUGCAAAUUUCAUUGACUAUUUAGGCUUUCUGAUUGGCUUGUAAAAUAUGAAACAAUAACAAAGAUAGCCAAUAAAAUACAGCAAUUUCCAGCAGAAAUAAUACAAAAAACAAAAACAAAAACAUAAAUUAUUUCCAUGCAGUGCUCUCACAAUCAAAUUUUCGAAUUCCUUAGAAAAAGCUCGAAAAUUCCUCAGAUUUCCUUAAAAUUCCUUAAAUUGGUAAAAUUACCAGAAGGCCUGAUCACACAGUUGCAAAAAGUGUUUUUUCCCUCCUUUUUUCUGUUUUUCAGUUUUUAUAACCUUGUUUCUAAGCACUAAAAAUUGAAAACAUUUGAUUGUUAGCGUAAUGCCAUAAAGAAAACAUUCAACAUGAUGUAUUUUUGAUCGUUGUUGCAUGAAGAGCUUACAAUAUCUGUAGAUUUCAGAAGAAACAGCAUAUACUGACAUUUAAUUUUUGAGAAUUUUAAUGAAAAGACCAGUGGUCCGCACUUUACAAAAUAUUGGGGGAGGGACGGAAAAAUUUUAAAAUUUGAAUCCCGGAAAUGGCAUUUGCAGCGUUCUGAGAACACAUUUUGUAAAAAACUAGGGUUUCAAAACACUGUUUUAAGUUUUAGUUAUAAAUCACAUGCCAAGCCAUGUACAGAAACAUAUACUAUUAUAUUAUGAUGACAAUUACGUUAUAUGAGUGUGAUUUGUGUUAUUUGGUACUGGAACCAAAUUGGUACUGGAACCAAAUUGGUACUGGAAUAUGGCCCGAACAUUUAUGACAUAGAGAACAUACGAAUAUUUAACAAUUAUGGCGAGGUGAUUAUCGGUGAAUAAAAACCGAGACGAAGUCGAGGUUUUUCACGAUAAUCACCGAGCCUGAGGUGAAUAAUUGUUUUAGUAUAAUUUCAUAGGUGAUUAUUUGGAAAAAAAUAAGAAAAUACACAUUUCUUUGUCAUUUAUUAAAUUGACAAAAAGGCUUCGGCCGCCAUUUUGAAAAUCGCUCAGGUGAUUAUCGCGUAAUAAUCACCUCAACGGCAACCAAUCAGCGUGGAGAAUUUUCAAUAAUCACCUAUGUAAUUAUACUAAAUGUAAUUAUGUGCGUAUAAUGUUGCUACUUUCAAGUUUAAAUCUCAUUUGCGUGGCGUGGUUAUCCUCCGUCCAACGUUUUUAGUCCAGGAUAAAAUCUUUCGGAAAUUCCUUAAAAAAAUCCUCAAAAACCUAAAUUCCUUAAAAAAAUCCUUAAAACUCUUCAAAAUUCCUAUUUUUAAGGAUAAUUCCUUAAAAGUGAGAGCACUGUUUCCAUGUGACUUACGCACGUGACUGGACUUAUUAAUAAGUUAUAGUAUGGUUUCUUGUGCAAUUUGAAAAACAUACACUCCCAAUGUACACUCGUGAGUUUUUCAAAGACUUCAAAUUGCACUCGUCCUUCGGACUCGUGCAGUUUUGAUAGUCUUUGAAAAACGCACUCGUGCAUGUUUUUUUUUUUCAAAUUGCACACAAAACCAUACUAUUAUAAACACCGCGGAAAAACGUCUGCGCAUGCGUCAACCUUACCUGUAAUAGUAUUGCGAACUUGAUGAGAAGCUGUUCCGAACGUUUCCGAAGGCUCAAAAUGGCGGCAAAAAGGAGUGACUUCAUUGUGCGUCUUUACAGCCAGAUUUCAAGCGCAAAAAUAACCAUGUCAUUCUAAAAACUAGGAAUAAAUACAGCCAGAAGGUUCAAGAAAUUGUAUUGUACUAGAACAUGAACUAAAGGUGAUUGUUGACAAAUUUAUCGUCUGAAACAUUUUGUUUAUCAACUAAGCAACGACAAUUUCCGAAUUUUCGUUUGAGAUACAUUUCUUUAAAAAAAACUGUGUCGCCAAAUAUAAAAAAAUUUCGUGUUCACAAUAAUUAAACUUUAGGAUUUAUUCUACAAUUUGAGUGGGUUAAGAAGCUUAACUUUUCGAGAGUGUUCUUAACUUUUGAGUUUGAAUUUUUGUUUUGAAUAAUUUUGCAAAUAUUUUCGAAGUCGUGUCCGUUAAAAUCAACAAUUUUUUACAUGAAUUAUAUUUCAUUCCAUACUUUAAAUGCCAGGACGCUUUCAAUUAAUAUCUAGUCUACCCAUUUGCUAUAUUUUCUCGUUUGUUUUACUAAUUUUUGACCAAUUAAUACGCAUGUUUUUGUUUUAGAAAUUGAUAUUCAAAUUCCCCGCCAUAUUUUCAUAAUUUGGUGCAUGCGCAGACGUUUUUCCGCGGUGUUACUAUUAUAUACCUAUACAAACUAUCAGCUACAAUUAUUCCAAAUUACUAAAAUUUAUAGAUUGUUGGCCGUGGUGCUUUUGGUGUUGUUCAUAAAGCCAAAUGGCGUGGGAAUAUUGUUGCAGCGAAGACACUGGAGGCGGAGAACGAACAGAACGCAUUCACAAUUGAGGUUAGUUUGUGAUUGGCCGACACAAAUUUUCCGUCGGAAAAAAGUUUUGAAAAUUUUCAACUCAUACUGUCGUUCCAAUUGAAGUGUUCCUCAAAUAUUGAUUCAAUACAUUACCUCAGGCUGACCAAUUCAUUUCAUCAAGUUCCUCGAGAUAUUCAUACAUUUCCUGUGAAAGAGGCAAUUCCAAGUAUUUGAUAAUUUCUGGUCACUUCCUUUCUAUUUAUGAUUGGUUAGUUGCACAAACAACAAAGGUGAUUGGUGCAUUCAAACUAUUCAACAGGAAGUUUACAAUUAUACUAGGAAGUGUAUGAAUAUUUCGAGGAACUUGAUCAAAUGAAUUGGUCAGCCCGAGGUAAUGUAUUGAAUCAAUAUUUGAGGAACACUUCAAUUGGAACGACAGUAACAAUGAUAUUUUCGGAAAAUGUUCUGUCUGUGGAAAAUUUUCCUGAGUGGAAAUGGGCCUUUAGUGCCAUGCAAUUGGUUGCAAAUUUUAGCAAGCACUUUCUUGAAAAUUGUAAGCAUCCAAUGUCAUUUUGAAAAGGGAAAGCCAUCAAUACCAUGUGAAUUUCUAUUUUUCCCCGUUUGACGAUGAGCAAAUUAAAGCUGCGCAAAAAUGUUUAAUUUUUUGGUGAGCGAAAGUGUAACUCCCGAUCGUGCAGAUUUGAAGCUGAACGAAAAUGAGUAUUGGGCAAAUAUGAAAACAAGUGAGGUAUUUGUAAUUUCCUAUGUCAUGUUUGUUAUUUAGGCACAGCAGAUGUCAAGGGUAAAGCAUCAGAAUAUCAUCAAGUUGUAUGGAGUAGUACAUAAUCCUGUAAGUACAAUUUACUUGUGUUGUAUUGUAUAUAUACAUGUACAAACGCGAGAGUUAUGCAAUAUGCGAUACAACAUGCACAGCGGCAAAUGUUGUAAAUGGCUUGUGAAAUGUACUGUAAGGAUUUCAACAGUUGCGUUUUAAGUAAUUAUUCAAAAAGAAGUGAUUUUAAUUAAAUGAGAAAAUCGAGGAAAAAGUUUAUGCAAUUAAAUCUGGAGAAUUUUGUAUAUGUUGAUACAACACCUCAUUAAACAUUGAUUUCGUUUUAAUUUACUUGAACUGUAAAUAAGCAGUUGUAAAUCUCAGUAAAAUUGAAAACAUUGACGCCAUGUUGCAGUAAGCAAAGUCAUAUGCACCUCACAACAUUUUCAAAAUUCGCAUGCACCGUGUUGAAAUAUCGUAAGCAAUAAAUUGAUAUAUAUACUUUAAACUUAUAAGCAUGUCCAAACAUCAAAAACAGGCUGUUGCCAAAGACUGUCAUCGCAGUCGCUAUAGUCUCCCAUGGACAUCUGUAAUCGAAAACGACCUUUGGAGGUGUUGCAUGGUUACGUACAGUUUACGCAGAAUAUAUAGCAUUGCUUUGGAUCACAUUAUCACAGACUGCUUACAUGCAGUAACAUGCUUGAUGCUUAAAUAUAAUUCUUUAACAAUUUGUUUUUAAAGAUUUGUCUUAUUAUGGAGUUUGCUGAAGGCGGAUCAUUAUAUAAUUGUAAGUUGUUUGUUCAUAGACCUUUAUAUAAUAUUCGUAAAUGGCACCGAAUUCCAGCAUAUUUCUUAAAUGGAUAUGAUCUCGUUUGAAAGUUAAGAAUAUUAAUUCUUCUCAGUUAUUUAGAUGGAAUAGAUUCAGGUAUCUGCUUAAAAUUUAACAUGGACAAAUUUCAAUAUAAUAUUUUGAGUCUGAAGAAGAUUUUGUACAUGCAUUAAAUAUUUGAACAGCUAAAAUAUUUUCAUUUUUCUUAAUCAAUUUACGUUAUGAAAACCAAAAUUUCGGGAUUUUACCAGAAUACCACAAACAAUACAAAUGUAUCAAGUAAUGAAAUUUCCUUACCAACUAUUUUAUGAUAUUGUUAAAUUAACCGAGAAAAUCGAACUGAAGAGUAAAGGUUAUGUAAACGAAAUCUGUAUCCGAUGUAGAGAUAUUGGUUAAACAUUAAUUUCUUUUGAAUUUCCUUAUAAAUUAUUAAUGAUAUUUUAAAGUACUGUACUGUUUUAAUUCGGUGCCUUUUGGCUAAUCAUUACCAUCCACAGUAGAAAUACUGCAAUAUUAUAAAAUUAUACGUAUAUAUGUGAAUACGGCGCGGUUAGCUCUAUAAGUAACAAUUCUGUAUUGUGUGCCUCCAUUGUUAAAACACGACAUACGUUGUGGAACCGUUUAGAAACAGACAAAGUCAUUUAACGUCACUUUAUGUGUUCUAUUCGGGUUGGCUGUACUAAUAAAAUCAAUACAAAACAGCAAUCAAGUCAAAAGUUGCAGGUAGUCAGAACAGUUGAGAACAAUCAUGUGACCAUGUUUUGCAUCAUUUCAUUUGCUUUCCGAAAAUCCGGAGCACUCCGAGCGGUUACCUAUAAUGGAGCAACUUUGCCCCAUUAAAUUCGAAAAUUAAAACAAACAUAACUGUAAUUAUGUGACGAUGAGAAUUUGAUAUAUAAAUGAUUAGCAUUAAGCCCCAUACGGACGAGAAAGUUUUCCUUGACAAGUUUUCUUGACAACUUUACCUUCUCGUGUGGACGGUCGACAUGCAAGUUUUCCUUGACAAGUUCCUUGACAAGUUUUGUUGCUCGUGUGUAAGGAAUGUUGUUAAACACCUCAUGUCAAGGCCGUCGUUUGUUAGACCAAACCAUUUCUUGUACACUUGUCAACUUUUCCUUGGCGGCUGCCCGCGCACGAACAUUUUCCUUGUCCAAAAGCUGGCAUGACUAGCUUUUGAACAAGGUUCCUUGGCAAGAAAAUACAAACUAAAACUUGUCAAGGAAAAAUUGCCCGUGUGUAUGAGACUUUAGUGUACGGAUUAUGGUUAUAGUUGGGAUUAAUGUUACGAUUGGGAUGAGAAAGUUAAAUUGAGAUUGUUAAUAUAUGGAAAUUGACGCAAAAUCGUGAAGUACAACCAUAGAAAUAAUAGAUAUAGAAUGCGUACUUGAUCACGAAUCAUGUCUCCACCUUUUCUCAUGCGUGCCCUUAUAAAUCCGCCAUGUUUGAAUUUGACUAGGAGUGCAAACUACAAAGUAUAAACAAAGCUAAAACUACGUUUUCAUCGUCAAAACGUUUAUCUUGUUGUCUAAUUUGUAGUUUGGGGAUGGAUUUUGAGAUUUUUUGAAGGCACAAACUGUCAAAGCAAAUGUGCAGUUACAAAAACGGUGAAAAUCGUGCAGCCUUGUAAACAAAGUAUUUUCGCCGGUUUCUCGAAAUUUACUCAUAAAACAUUUUUGCAUGCUUUGAACGUCACUACUGUCACUGUUUUGCUAAUAUCUUAAAAGAUUACAAAAUAAUAGUUCUUUCUUCGUCGGGUUUCGUUUUUCUUUGAUGUAAACGAAGGUUUUUUAUUUUUUUGAAACAAAAAUAUUUAGUUGUCGAUAGACUGUAAAUUGUCUAAAUAAUCGUCGAAAACUAUGGUUUCAAAAGCGUUGCCUCAAGCUCAAGCAACACAGAAAAAUGUGAAAAGUAAUUGUGUAAGUUUAAAAAGAUUACUGAACUUCAUUUAUAUUAUAUUAUAUUAUAUUAUAAAAACGUUGAAAUAUUUAUAGAACAUACCUAUUGAGUUUGAGUUUGUCUUGAUCUUUCGGGUUUUGUUUUGCCUUGCACAACAACGUUGAAAAUUUAUUUUUAAACGAUGAUUUCUGUAUAUAUUCUGUUCAGAACUGUUGCUUUUCGUAAAAAAGCCCACUAGAAUGGGUUUUUAGACACUUUUUGCACUUUUUUUUCCAUUUUAAGUCUCGAUAUAAAAUUUUUGCAAACUUUGCAUUUGAAAAAACAAUUUGCACUCUCUGCAACCGCGCGAAAUUCCCACUGAAAUUCCCUGCCGCCUGGGAGUCUGGGAACCAAAAUGCCCUUAUAAAUCCGCCAUUUUGUGCAGACAAAUUUUUCACUGAGAAAAGAUAGGAGUACGCAUUCUAUAUCUAUUAUUUCUAUGAGUACAACCCAUCAGUGUUGAACUGUAUAAUUCUUGGCUUUGUGAUGAUUAUACAAACUUUAUUCGUAAUUUCCUUUUUAUUGUGGUUUCUUUUCCAGUGCUACAUGGCUGGGAGAAUUGUAAAGCGUGUCCUGAGUACACAGCUGCUCACGCUAUAAGCUGGGCACUGCAGUGUGCCAUGGGCGUGGAAUAUCUACAUGGGACAAAACCAAAACCCAUCAUUCAUCGAGAUCUGAAACCUCCCAAGUAAGAACAAUAAACUAAAACUAAACUAGACAGUUUUAAGUAAUGUAGUAAGUACGAAGAGGGCAGCGUAGGAGUCUUUUCCCUUUUCACUUGCGCUGGACCAGGGAGACGUUUCUGCUGAAGCGGAGCACCACACCUGUUGUCAGUUCCCAGUAACGCAUAGUCCAGUUUACCUGAAACCAUGCUACUCAUACCCUGAGUUGGCUCGAUUUGCAGAUAAAUGCUCUACCGACUGAGCUAUAUCCUGGACGAACAGUUCUAACUGUAGUAAAUUGGUCUCGCCAUAGAGCAGUUGCACUCAUUCCCCAGGGACCAACUCAACAAAAGCCAUGGCGGCCAUGCUGGUGUUCCAGACAAAAGAGUCUAAUUAAAAUUCUUUUGAAUUGGAACACCAACAUGGCGGCUGUGACGUCAUGUGCAAACGCUCUAUAGUCCAAGUUUCGAGCCAUCCCUUAUUGAAUCCAGCUUACUACACCAGGGAAACCAGGAGUGCUUGGUAGAGUCAAGAUGGGAAUAUGGCGAAGUUAUAAUAAUUUAGGUAUAAUAUGAUCCUGUACUGAUUCCAGGUUGUGGGGAAGAAAUUGCAUGCUCGUGCUCACAUAAUUGACAACACAAAAUUCGUACAUGGGAGUUUUGUACGAAAACUGAACCCUCGUUCUAGCGUUCUUUGUAACACGAAAGUUUAUCGCACUGCGACUUUCACUAUGCUCUCUUCCAAUGAGAUACAAGAAAACAUGAUCUUUGAAACUUGGUACGCACGCAAAAACACACAGCUUGUAACUAACGUGCAGAAGACUGUACCGAUGCUGUCCCAACAAUUACUUGUUUAAUCAUGUAUUAGGAUGUGUUCGCACUGCUUUUUCGCAGCUUGUUGACAAGUUGUCAACGACUUGUUGACAAUUCGCUGCAAGGCUGUUGACCCCAACAGAAGCACCUGCAAAAAACCUAUACUCCACUUCCCCCUCCCCGUAAAGUCAAACACAACGUCUCUUAGUUGUACAACAGUAUCGUAAUAUAGUAUUGUUUUUCUUUUUAAAGUUUGCUAUUGGAUAGCACGCACACUCAGUUAAAAAUUGGCGACUUUGGCACGGCAUGCGAUAUGCAAACCUACAUGACGAACAACAAGGGAAGUGCAGCAUGGAUGGCGCCUGAAGUAUUUGAAGGUAUACUUUGUUAUUUCCUAAUAUGGACGUAGAGUAUUAUGGGCUUUGUAAAAUGUUUCUAAGUCAAAAUGUGAUUGGCUGAUUUGUGAGCACGUGGCUUUAAAUAUAUGGCAUGCAGUAGAUCUUUUGGGAUCACCAUUAAGGCUUUGAAGCCUGGAAAAGACGUUUUUGCAAGUUGCUAUAUAAGCUAGUCUCCUUCGCAGACGUUCUUAUUGCUCCAACUCUCGCUAACGAACAUCUGCUGAACUGAGCUACACAUUCCAUUCUCUUUGUUUCAGGCGCCAAUCAUAUUGCAGUGAUUCAUAGAACAAUCAGAAGCCUUCUUUUGUUAGUACCCUAACCCAAUCAGAAGCCUUCCUUUGUUAGUAAUUCGUGCAAUUACUCGGUAACUUUCACUUCCCGAAAUUCAGAAGGUCGCUGUGAUUGGCGAUUCGAGAGAACGUGCAGCUCAGUUCAACAGACGUUCGUUUGCUAGGGUUGGAGCAAUAAGAACGUUUGCGAAGGAGACUACUAUACAUAAUAACCAUGCCCCAAUUAAGCAGUGCUCCUUGGCGAAAUUAAGGAUUUUAUGUGGGAAAGUGAUCGCUUAGAACGUAAGGCCAGGGUCAAACGUCGAACUUUUCAUGUGCCGAACCUAAUGCAAAUGAAGUGAUACAAAGAAUUUAGCUCAUUAACAUUAGGUUCGGCGCAUGAAAAGUUUGACGUUUGACCCUGACCUAAACAUGGAUUGUAAAAUAACUGGAUAGGAAACUUCCUGACGUCAUUGACUUCAUCCUUGUUGGAAAACGUGACGUCACGUGUAUUGCGAAUAUUACCAAAGUUCUCGGCAUUUUGUUGUUUUGCUAUAUUUUCCACUUUAAAAGGGUGAUAUUGAAGCAUAAACUGGUCUAAUUGUUUUAAAAACAUGCCUAAGCCACGACAAAGUAUUCAAGGUAAAUGUUUUUCGUCUUUGUUUUGUAUUUUUUUACAUUUGUAGCUACGAAAUUGGCGUCACAAAUUUUAACGAAAUUUGCGAUGUAUUUUUCACUGUUUAGUGCUUGAAAUAUUUGCUAAAAUUGACUGGGAAUACUUAGAUUUUUCAUCGUAGAAUGGCGUGGUUAUAUUUAUUUGCUCUUUGACUAAAAUGUUUAGCUGUAUUAUAGACAUGCCGUUUUUGAGAAUUUGGUAACUUUGCAACUAGGUUUGAACAUCCAACCACGCCAUCAGCCCAUUGAAAACAUUAGGUCACGUCAGCUAGUUUCCUAUCCAUUUAUUUUAUCCAUGACCUAAAGCAGCUAUACGAUUGACGAAAAAGUUUCCACACUCACUUUUAUAUUUUUCGAACUAUUAAUAUUAUAUUACUGGAUCUGAGACUACAGUACUCAUUCAUCAGAAAUUGUGAGAUCAUUAAACUGGAAAAAUCUUGAAGAUAGAGCUGACGUGCUCAGCACUAGUAUUGAAUGAUGUAGUUUCCCAACGACAAAUUAGUGUCAAAAUGCUCCCAAGUUAUCUGCAUGCGCAGUAAAUUUAUUUCAGACCUAUCAAUUUUGGUUCAUUCGAUAAGUUCAUUCCUACUUCUUUUGUUCUUCGAUGCCCGAACAUACUGUAACAUGCGAGGCUCUAAUCGCAAAUAUUUUGUCCCUAGACCUAUAAUGUAAAAUGUCUUGUCAUGACAUGUAAAAUAUUUACCUAUAUAUAUUGUCUUUUCUAUUUUUUAGGUCGCACAUAUGCAGAAAAGUGCGAUGUUUAUAGGUAAGUAUACUAUAUAGCUUUGGGAAUCUUACACAAUUAAUGCAUGGAAAAAUAUAGGUCAGAGAGAGAACACGUUUGGAUCCGAACUCAAAAUGACAAAUACACUCGCGGUAAUUUUCUGUGAGGGCAUUACAACUGCGAGGCUGUCAUCGCUAAACUAUACAUUGUUGGUUUUUUACCAUUAUACUGUAUAUUUAAAGGCAAAUGCGAAUGAAAUUUUUUCGUUCUUAUACGUUCGUGUAGUAUUCCUAUUUCCUUUAAGUCUUACUCAGGGACGCCGGAACUGGGGGGCAGGAGGGGCAGCCGCCCCCGUUGCCCUUUACCAGGAGGGGCAAGAGGGGCAAAGGUGCCCUUUCAAUUUACAGAAUUGCCUUGGCGAAAUAGCGAAUUGUCAGAAAUGUUAGUGGAAUUCUUUUACGAAUUUGCUUCAGAAAACGCAAGAAAUGCAGCCACCGAGCUUCAAGAAUAGCACAAUCGCCUGGCGGAGACUCCUUCACACCCCUAUCAUCCAAUAAAUAGAAAACGGAUUAGGCGAAAUUCAACUCCCGAUGUUUUGCAAACAUCUCUUAGUAUAUAUCAAUUUAAAAGUGCCCUUUCACGAAAAUCUGCCCCCCUUGCCUUCACAUCGUUCCGGCGUCCCUGGUCUUACUCUGUUUCUACCAAUAUCAGAAAAAUUCGUUUAAAAGCUGAUGUCGAAAUGGAUAGUUCUAUAACGUUACAUUUGUUAUCUGUUUCUACAUUUCAAAAAUAUCUAAAAAAUGUAUAUAUUGCUACAUAUAUAUAAGUGAGGGGGCUAAAUUUUCGAAUAUGUAGGCUAAAUUUUCGAUAUUUGUUCAGCGGGGGAGGGCAUAUUUCCUCAUGUUACCCUGGGACUUGAAGCAUUAAUUAUAUGGUAACCUUGGUAAUAUUGGUUUAAUAUACAUUUUCCAGUUUUGGAGUGAUAAUAUGGCAGAUAAUAUGGCAGAUAAUAUUGUGUUAAUACAUUUUCCAGUUUUGGAGUGAUAAUAUGGCAGAUGGUGUCGCGACGUAAGCCUUAUGAUGCUAUAGGUGGUCCUGCUUUGAGAGUAAUGUGGGCAGUUUAUCACGGUAAGUUCUUUCAAAACCGAAUAGAUGUCGCCGUAGCAUUUGUUCUGCAGACAAUCGAAAGCAUCCCAAGAUAGCAAUCCUGCGGAAAGCAUCCCAUCUCCUGCAGCAUGGCCUGCCCCUAAUCAUAUAACCCCUAUACUUUAACUCAGUUUGACUUUAGGGUUGGCAAUCUACCCGUCCAAUUAAAGGUGCUAGACUAGGUCUGCCCCCAAUUUCAUGAUGCUUCCCUUAGAGUAAUUUUGAAAUGAGAUCUUCAUCUUCUGAAAACGUGAUUCUUAGCGCGGUCAAAAGAACACGUGUAAAACUGCACGCUCAAGUGACGAAAUGCCGUGCGUCAAUAGAUAGAAUCUGUAAUGGUGUAAGCCUCCCUAUUGAUAGGUCAGGCUGGGAUAAAUGUAAGGAAUAACACAUGUUGUAGUUUGGAGGGGAAAAUGGAUAUCAAUUCUAUCAUAACUAGUCCAGCAUUUAGAAGAAUUUAAAGGCCAGAAGUACCUAUUGUGAUUGUGUUACUGCAUAUCAUUUGCAUGUAGCAAAGCAAACACAACUGCAAGCAACAAGUUUCUUCUCGGAUUGAAACGUUUCAAAUGGCUACACCGAUGUCACGUUGUUAUUUAAAGAAAGGACUCAUUUCUUCUCACAAUGCCGGACACUUUCCAUUCAGAAAACGAGAACAGAACUUUUCAUCCCAGAAAAAGGGCAGCAACAUUUCUAUUCUUAAAAGUGAUGGGUACAAUAUGAUGUACAUCUGCCACUACCGACCAUAAAUCUUCUAACUAGAUAUUCUUUCACUAUAGGCACAAGGCCUUCUCCAAUUCAAGGGAUGCCGAAGCCACUAGAAACACUUAUGACUCGGUACGUUAUAUAAAUUAUUUCAAUAUUUAUUUUAAGAGUGGUUUAUCUUGCAUGAUAUGAGUGAAUGUGGGUGACGUUCACACCUAUAGCAUGUGUUGAUUUUUGUAUCGACAAGGUUAGUACGCCCCUUGGAAGCCCUGGAAAACCCUGGAAUUUGUCUUCAGUCCUGGAAACUCCUUGAAAAGUCAUGGAAUUUUAAAGCGAGCCCUGAAAAAGCCUGGAAACUAAACUUGUGUAUAAUAUCGUUCUGUUAUUAGUGAUAUUAUACAUUAUUUAUAUUGAAAAACUUGUCGACUUAGAAAGUUCUUGAAAGUCCUGGAUUUUUCAAAUUAUGAAGGUAUACGAACCUUCGAUCGAUAUGAAAAUGUGGUAGUUGGAAGCACUCUAUUGCUCGCAAAAAGCACAAUUAAGAUACUAGCAUGAUAGCAUGAAAAUGUAGAUCAUGCCCAACUUAAAGUCCCAGUUGAAAUCAACAAGCGGUCCGUAAAAACCUACCCGGACCGUGGUCCGUAUUUUCCGUAUCUGGACCGGUGUCCCGGAUGUCGUUUAUCUGGCGGGAAAUUUUUGGUUUGCAAACAGAAACAUUUUUUGCUUUUUAAUUUUCCAGUUGUGUGUCAUUAAAAUUUACAGAUAAAAAUUUCAAACAACCAAACUGUUUUUGAUUGAGCAUGCAUGCCUACCGUAUAUUGUUACCCAGUGAAACUGACGAUAGCCGAUGUAACACGCGCGAAAAGCAUAUGCUAUAAUAAUAAACCGAUUAUUGACCUCGCUUUUUCGGUCUGUACUGUGAAAUAUCAGACCUCUGUUUUUUGCAUGGAUCUCGCUCCUUCGUUGCUUGGUCCAUACUAACAAACCUCGGUCUAAUAUUUCACAGUACAGACCUCACGCUCGGUCAAUAAGCCGUUGAUAGUUCUUGCAAUGUGGGUGCAGACUCCAUAUACUCAAAUAAAAUCCGAUGAAAAAUUUUGUACCUUUUUCUAGAUGCUGGGACAAAGAACCUGAUAAACGACCUUCAUUUUCGAAAAUUGUUCCUUUUCUCACUCACUUUAUGCAGGUUUGUAAGUUUUAGUUUUUAUUAAGUAAGUCCGCGAGGGUGUGCUAAUUCCCUUACUUGCAACUGGGAGCUAAGCUGAAUUACGAAGGAUGCAGCUUAACCUGAUCGAGUCGAACACUUUGUAAGGGCGCCUCUGCAGGGGUGGAAAAAAUAAGCGAGCACGCGAGCACUGCUCGCAAUAAAUGUUAAACAGCUGCAGGAAAUUCCUUUGAAUGAAGAUUUGCUAUUGAAAAUUUGAAGGAAACCUUCGCCACCGUGUCCCACUAUGGGCGCAACAACAUAUGGUUGACAGACAUUAUUCCUUGAAUUUGAAACAAUGAUCAGCUAGAACACUAUAUGUUUAUGCACAUGCAGAUUUAGCACAAAAAUACUCCGUUGGUCUGCAGGAAAUUUUUGUCUCCAGGUUGUGCUCCCAGGAAGAAAAUUCUUUUUCCCUGCCCUGCGCCUCUGACUCAUGCCUGAUCACGGAUCACAGCUACGCUGGAAGGCUCAGUUCGAGCUAAUCCCAGCCCACUCUGUCAACAGUGGAAUUGAACCGGAGAAAACCCAGACUCUUUUCGCAUGAGUCUGGAACGAGCAUCGCGAGGUGAAAGGCGCUUGCCCUGACGAUCGCUCCACUGAAUUUCCAUUGCCAAUAGACCUUAUUCAUAAAUCGUGAUGAGGCCUCGUAUCCUAGGAAACGGGGGAAAAACGCGGGAAAAUUGACAAAAUGUUUUUUGCUGUCGGCUAUGGCAGCUUUUUUUCGUGAAUAUUACGGCUUUUUUCGAAAAUAAUAUCUAUAAAACUGAGCUUGAAAGUUGAAAAAGAUACUUCUGAGAAAAUAUAACAUGAUAUUUAAAGCAAAAGAUGCUGGAGUCAAUCGAAAAAGGAAACCUUUGACUUUGUAUUAUUGCCAAGUUUGUAUCGCAAAAACAAACAACCAACAAGGCUACAAAACGUCUAUACAACACUAAAAUUGUAAGAAAUAUGAAACUACAUUCUUGAAGAAACAGGAUUACAACUCACUCAGGUAAUGUAGCCUUCAUUUUUUAAACUUGUAAGCUGCUUGCAGAAUGUUAUCGAGCCACAGCCAUAGUUCAUAUUUUUCCGUACGAACCAAUAACAUUUGACGUUCUCUUGUGAUUUUUGACCUGUUGUUUUCUUUCAUAUUAAUGUCAAAUUCGAAAAAUUAUACUUUCAUUCCAUAGUUGUCUUGAUUUUUCACGGAAUAACCUUUAUAUUGACAUUAAAAUCUCAGUAAAAUACUGUUUUUUGCUUCUGGAUAAACACCAUCGCUAGGUUGUCAUUUAUUCCAAACAAAAACGGGAAAAACCGGUCGCUUUUAUAAUAUACUCGUUUACAGCUUUCGUCGUGGGCACAAAGUCUUAAAAUAGACACAAAACUCGCUAUAAAUCGCAAAAAGCAACAAGAAACAAGCCGUUAAAGUCGACACAAUAGCAUCUGAAUUUGGCUUGUCAAGCAGUUUUCGCUUGUUUUCCCGCGUUUUGUGCCCGUAUCCUAGGAUACGAGGCCUCGUCACGAUUUAUGAAUAAGGUCUCAUCCGUAUAUGUCCAAUACUGUCGUAUCGUCACGAAUCGUUAAACAACCUUGUCAAAGAAGUUAAAUCGUCAUAUUUUCAUGAAUACUACAUUUAAUUUAAGUUUAAAAUUUACGGCAGUUUUUAUUCUUUUUUCAAUAAAUGAUGUCACAGACAGCGUACGAAUUAAUUACCCACGAUCCUUUGUUCUGACGCAAGCUAUAAAAACGCUCUGACGUCAUAAUGUAGUUUGUCAUAAUUGAUUGACUGAAACUGCGCACUUUCAUAUCUCUCGCGGAAACUUUCCAAACAUCUUUUCUGAUAAAACAAAUUAUGCAGGAUCAAGCGGAAUAUGACGAGGCUUUCCAAUGUGAAGAGACUGAAAAAGAGUUGCUACGGAAUUAGUAAAAUUCGAAAUUUAUGGCAAGCAAGCAACUUUUGAUGGUUUAAUAGAAAUCGCAAAGAAAAAUUUGGAGGAAACUAAAGCUCGUGUGUAAGAACUAAAAACUUUCUCGAAGGGUGAACAUAAUAAAGAAGGUAUACAAAUUACUCUUUAACCUGAAACUAUUUUAUUAUAAAUAACGUUAACAAUUUCACUUCUUUCUGAUUCGCAUUUUACGCGUCGCGCAAGAUAAAUUUGUUUUUCCGUUACUAUGCAACCAGC